AGAAGCAUCUCCCGUGUACGGCUACGUACGUGGUUCGCUCCUCGCACCUCUCACGUCUGGCGUGGUCAGUCGAUCACCCCGCCCCGCCCCGCGCGCUCACGACACCGACACGCUCGCUCGACCGCACGCCGGAACGCGGUGGCGUGCUACGGAGUUACGAUCCAUCGCGAGAGACGCGAUCGCUGUCUUGCAUGCAGCGUACGUAUAGCCAGCCAGCCGCGCAGUGCGCCCGUGGUACCGGCGAAAGACGGUGAUGUUUGUAGAUGCGCUUCAGAUAUGAUUAGGUAGACGAUAAGUAAGAGUUCGGCCGCGUAGACGUGUGUGCGCGUAUAGGACGUCGCUAACCGCAAAACGAGAAGAAUCGCGGUGCCUGACUGACUUCAGAGAGUGCGAAGUCAUCUGUGACUGAAUGCUGCGUCUUAUCGACUCUAUAUGAACGUGGAAUUGCGAAUGCCGAACACAGAAUGUGGUGAUUAUUGACUGCAUACGGACUGUGAAGCACAUGAGCACAACAUAGACCUCGACGGAGCAGCGGCUUGCUAUGACGCCGUCAUCGCCUGAAACGCUCUCGGAAUCUCAGUCGGCGAGCGAACCCAAAUGAGUAUCGCACAUCGGAGUCGCGUUCGGAAAUCAAAAUGACUUUGAACGUUGCAAAGAACAUCGGAAUUAGCUUGAUCGUCUUCGCGUGGCUACAGUUGACGGCCACAGCACAGCUUGCAGGUACGGUGGCUACAUGCGAAAACGAGGGCGAAGUGGUAGAAGUACCUCUAACUUGGACGGACCCUUGCAAAUACACCUGUCGUUGCAAAAGCGGUCAGGUUGUGUGUGAGAAGCAGGCCUGUCCGAGUAUGGAGGGAUGUCAUGCCGUUAUCUACGGACUCGACGAUAGAUGCUGCGAAGAGUGUAAAGGCUGCGUCUACAAGAACACGACACACGUUAGCGGCACGAGCUGGAUGGACGCACACGACCCCUGCAGAGAGUUCACAUGUCAGGCGGGCGUUCUUUCGGUAACGGAAACAAAAUGUUACACGCCCUGCGAUGAUCCAGUGGAUGUCAAGGAUCAGUGUUGUCCCGUCUGUGAAGGAUGUGGUACCUAUAAGGAAGGGGAAACAUUUACACUGGACACCGAUAUAUGCGUGCAGUGCACCUGCAAGAAAAACAGAUUCGAAUGCUUCAAGCGGGCCUGUCCCGUGCUUUCUUGCUCCGCAUCGCACGUAGCCGUGCGGGAAGGACACUGUUGCCCCGAAUGUAGAGGAACUCGCAUGGUAUUCGAAGUGUUCAAUCGCUGUUUGCUUGGAAACAAGAUCUAUAACGACGGACAGAGCUUUCAGAUUGGUCUUUGCACAUCCUGCACGUGUAUGGACUCUACUUCAGUAUGUCAUACGAAGGCUUGUCCACCGCUAGACUGUGCCCAAGAACUACAAAUACAGAUGAGCGAAGAGUGCUGCCCGAAGUGUAUGGCCGAGGAAGAGAAGACAUGUAAAUACAGGAAUGUCACAUACGAGGAUGGGCAGGAAUGGAAGCUGGACGCCUGUACAGUAUGCGUGUGCACAGAAAGAGAGAUUAUGUGUCAUGUAAUUGAGUGCCCACAGGAUCUCAAAUGCUCUCAGGGUUUUAAACCAAAGAAGUUGUCAAGCGAAUGCUGCACAAGAUGUGUUGAAGACGACGCCGUCUGUACUGUGUACGGCGAUCCACACUACAUCACGUUCGAUGGGAAGACGUAUAACUUCCAGGGCCGGUGUAAGUACGUGCUGGCGCAGGACUGCAAGAACAAGACCUUCUCCGUGCGAGCGCAGAACGACGCCCGCGUCAGCGCCGAGUUCGCCUGGACGAAGAUGAUUGAAGUUGUCGUUAAUAAAUUAAAGAUACGCAUGAGGCCAGGUCUAGAAGUAAGAGUGCAACGUAAAGUUGUGCGUCUCCCAUACAUCAAGCUGGGCUUGUUCUCUAUAGUAAAAGAUAGCUUCAGCAUUGUACUGAGGACUACGUUCGGUGUUAAAGUUGUGUGGGAUGGCGACAGCUAUGCGGAGAUAACAGUGGACCCCAAAUAUAAAAGUACUCUGUGCGGGCUCUGUGGGAACUACAAUGGAAACCCCGAUGACGAUUUCACGAACAAGAGAGGAAAGCUACUCGAGGAUAAGGAAAGAUUUGGGAAUUCGUGGAAAGUCGGUGGAGCAAAGAUGUGCAAGCUACCUAAGAAGAAUCAUCUCGUUCCGCCAUGUUUGGACUCGUUCGAGGCGCGAGUGCGGGCGAUGAGGGAAUGCAACGUACUGAAACGGAGAGUUUUCUCGCCCUGUUUUAACGUAGUCGAUCCUCGAGAGUACUACAAGUCGUGCAUACAGGACAUGUGUGACUGCCCGCGGCACAGAAGCUGCGCGUGUGAAACUGUGAUUGCUUAUGCGAUGGCCUGCAGUCGAAAUGGGAUAGAUGUAGCGUGGCAGGAAUACACAACAUGUGGAGAACGGCAGUGUCAAGAAGGAGAAAUAUACGAUCACUGCGGGCCGCGAUGCCAGCAAACAUGUGACACGAUCAAUCACAACUCUAUUAUGCCAGCCUGUAAAGGCGAGAGACAUUGCAUUGCUGGCUGCCGCUGCAUAACAAGAAAAGUAUUGCACAAUGGACGGUGUAUAAGGCCGAAUGAUUGUCCCAGCGGUAGUUAACACAGGGCUUUCCAUAGCAAACAAAUAAGAGAAUACAAUGUUACUCUCAAUUCUUAAAUAACUGCUGCCAAUGGCACAGUUGCUCUCAGUCUCAUUCAAUCGCAUUCGCGUUAAUGCAUAGACAGGCUCGUAUGCACUUUACAUCCACCACGUCUCCUGUAUAUGUGAACUGUAAUUUACAACAGGAUUAAAAUAUAACCAGGCAGCUUCUAUGACUCGCUAAAGAGACGCGCGCGUAUAUAUUCAGCCACUAGGUGGCGCACUGGCCCAGUGCUGUUUAAAGCUGUCUGUAACAAAUAUGAAGAGCCUCAAGUUCCGUUGCUGACUUAAAAACUCUCGGUGUAGCAAGGCAUAGCUUAACCGCAUUACAACGAUAGUAGGUACAACUUAAAAUGUAUUAUGAUUCUUUUUACCUUCGAGGAACAUACUUAGUUGUGAUGUGAUUGAUUAUCAUAAUGUGACCCCGCAUUAUCACGUUAAACUCAUAACGCAGGCUUAUAACACUAUUUAUGUGUUCAAUCAUCGAAAUAUUAUUAUAUCUACGUCACCAACGCACAAUACCGAGCAUUUUAUUGAAGCAGAACUAAUGCAUUUACAAGUCGUACAGAUAAUACACACGUAUAUAAUUAGGAUUAGCAAUGGUGGCUUCCCGUUACGACUAUUUGAUAAAGUAAACACGACGCCACAUAAAGCGUCACAUUUUCAUCAAAGAAUGAGCUCUUCUUACGCCUAGACCCUUAAUCUACAACAACUAUAGACACUACUUCUGUAGCUUAUCUUCUUGCAGUCGUCAAUCAAGUCAUGGUGCUGUACGUGAAAUCAUCGUGUAGUUAUCUGCUCUUAUAUGUAAAUAGCCACGUUUCUUGUUAACGUCAUCGUUGUCACUCGUACGCGGAACGGCCGGCCCGCAUGUAUAAAGUCAGAUUUAUGUGACUAAAUACUACGUGUUUUGUUGAAGAACUUUGCCAGUGCCUUGAUGCUGUAGGAUUGGCACUUAAAACUAUUUAAAAACGAAAGAAACUCAUUCUAAUAAUAAUAAAGUGCGUAGUCAUAUAUACAAUGUCCAAAUGAUUUUAAUUCCGGAAAUCUUUUAAUCGACUAGCCAUUUGUUUCAUUCCAAAUGCAGUCUUAUAUAACCUAUUCUCUUUUGUAUAGAAGGUGUGUUUGCUAUUUAGACUUAUUUAUUUUCAUUAAAAUAGAUCUCCUACACAGCUGAAUAUUUAUUAUGUAUAUAAUAUAACGCAAUAUAAUAUAACGUCUAUCUGUGUUAUUGUGUAUUGAUGUAAGUAUUGAUGGAAAUGAUUUAUAGUGUUGUCCUCGUUGUCGUGUUUUAUUUUGCAUUGCAAAUAUAUAGCAUACCAGUUAUGUACUAAAAGUUUGUAUUAUGACUGCAUGUGGGCUACGUCUCUUUAUACGCAUUGCACGAACGACUAGAAAUAAAGACAUCGUUAAUAUAUAAUCUUUA